UAGGUGAUAGACACAAAGCACCGGAGUGUGCGUGUUAAAAAAAUCGAUCAGUGAUUCUCUCUCACUCUGAACUGUCACUGUGACGGGCUGCGCCUCCUCCGCCCACCUGUAAUCAGUGCUGAGUGGGGGGUGGAGUCACGCAGCCUCCACAUUGACAGGCGGCGCAGACAGUAGUAGCAGUCCAGACAGAGUACUACUGCCGCCGCCGCCGCACACAGACGCCACCUCCAACGGCUGAACGUGGCAAUUCCAAGAAAUUGUUUUAUAGCGUUUGCUGCUGCGCCUCUGGACUCAUGGAGGCAGCGGUGCUGAACCCCGCGACCGCGACGGACGGGGACCGCGGCAGCCUGACCGCCGAGCUGGAGGUGAAGAAGCUGCAGGAGCUCGUGCGCAAGCUGGAGCGGCAGAACGAGCAGCUGCGGACGCGGGCGAGCGGCGGCCCGUACGCGCUCCCUCCAUCCCCGGCGUGCGCCGGUGGACUCCGCCUGCACAGCCCGCCGCCGCUGUGCCUCUCGUCCCUGGGCACGUUGACGCCCCCGGAGGAGCCUUACGACUACUUCCACCCGCGGGAGGCGGAGGACGCGUCGGAGCCGUCGGAGCCGUCGCUCCUGGAUGAGCUGGAGCUCUUGGACCUGGAUUCUCUGGGCUGCUCCGACGGGGCCGAUGAAACGUGGUUGUACGCGCCACCCAAAGCCGCCGCCGCCGCCGAGCUCGCGGACGACGCCCUCACGCCUCUGCAGUGGUGCCGGCAGGUUCUGGACCGUCCCAAGACGGAGGUGGAGGCCGCCAGGCGCUCGCUGUCCCUCAGACUGGAGCAAGUCUCUAGGUGGCGCAGCUCCCUGUCCAGCCCCUCACCCUCCCCGUCCCCCGGUCGAGUCGCCGGAGUGUCCCCCAUCCCGUCCCCCCGCUGCUCCACUCCCCAGCUGUCCCAAAGACACGGUGACCACACGACACGCAUGUGUCCAAUGUCCAGCUCAGUCCUCCACCGGACGCUGAGUCCCGUGGGGAAGGAGCGCUCCCCCGUGGCCGAGAGGACUCCCAUGUUCCUCCCUCACUCGGCCGGCCGAAGCCACGGCCUCAGACGCUCAGCCCUCAGCCCCCAGUCGUCCCUGGACAGCGACCUGGGCUCCUCCGAGGUGGAGGACGACUCCAUCGCUCUGGGAUACAAGCUGCACGACCUCACCGACGUCCAGGUCAUGGCCCGGCUGCAGGAGGAGAGUCUAAGGCAGGACUACGCCAGCAUGUCGUCCGUCCUGGCCAACCGCCGCAGCCAGAGCUUCUCCUUCCAGCUCAGCCAGCUCAGCGCCGGCACCGGCCUGGAGGAGGAAGACGAGGAGGAGGACGACGAAGACUACGGUCUCCUGCCGCCGCCGCAGCCGCGCCUCACGCGCCUGCCGCACUCCCACACCUUCUCCAGCGUCCGCGACUGGCGAAGAAGCACCACGUCCCUGUGCACCCCGCCUUCCACGCCCUCCACGCCCCCGCCCCCUUGCGCUGGGUUCGCCUUUCAGCCUCUGGCCCCGGCGCCGGGACUGGGCAGCCUCUGCGCGUUCGAGCAGCAGGGGUUCAGACCAGGAUCAGCCGAAUUUGAGAAUAAGCUACGGAGGAGCAUGCCUAACCUUGUCCGAGCUCCCAGCAUGCCGAGUGUGCCCGUCCCGACCAAUCCCAGCGCUUCCCCUUCUUUGCUUCGUAACAGCCUGAGUUUCGAUUCGUCCAGCGGCCUUGGCCACCUUCAGUCCUACAUCCCCUCCCCGGGUCAACUUCAAAACAGGGUCCAGAGCGUUGGGAAUUUCUCCUUGUCACGGCAGCCGCUCAAGGCCACCGCCUACGUCAGUCCCACCAUCAAGGGCUCCGCCUCCACAAGCCUCCACUCUCCGAACGGCAGCAGCGGGAGUAUCAGCGGGCUCGGCAGCGGGAUCCCUCUGCUCAGUAAAGCGGCCGGCGGAGGGGGGGCUCCCGCCUCCGCCCCAAGCACCCCCCGCAGCAGCCUGCCUCGCCCCGCCUCCUUCAUGAGCACAGCCAGUUCCACCCCCCGCAGCAAGGUGGCCCAGCCAGCACGAAGUUUACUGACUCCCCCAAAGAGCUUGUCCACCCUCAGUGCCCUCCGCGACUGCGCCUGGAGAGACGGCUGCUACUGACGAGCGGAUGAGCCCGUGCGUUGGUGCACUGGCGGCAUUCCGCUGGCUGGGGGCGGUACCCGGGGCGGUACCCGGCCACAACCUCAAAAUCCAGUUUUUUUUACCAUUUGCACACUGGACUCUGGGUUUGACCAAAAAAAGUAACUGUUCUUGAAAUCUGAGAUCCUGCAUAGAGUAGUCACAAGAUGUUCCCACCGCUGGGUGGGUCACGUGAACUGAUCCCGUCACGCCGUCCGCUCAAUACUAUGCAGAGUGCCUUUCGGUGAAGACGGGUCGUUGUUUUGUGCCGGACUCGUCGACUCGAGUUUGGUUCGUGCCAAGUGGGACUUGUUCCCGUUUUGCUCUUUGUGCAAUAAACCCCUGGCCGUAGGCUGCCAGUAAUACUAACCUGCUAAACGGGGGCUGCUGGCUUUUCUGAAAGAGACUCACGGCAGUGUAUUUAUUUAUAUUUAUUUUGCGUAUCAAUUGUUGACUAAUCAGGUGUUUUCCCUCUGGCAACAAGGGCCAAUGAUGCUGCUAAAAUGUAAUCAGUCCUUCUUAAUUUGGGGCACACUUGGUGUUAUGUUUUUACAAGUGAGAUAUUAAAGUAUGUUUUCGUGUACAAUGCUAAUUAUUAAGUGUGCUAAUAUAUAUAUAGAUGCAAUAUAAUUGAAUUUUAAAUGUAAAUCUUGACCAAAAUGGAAUUUCCGAAUGUUUCUCACCAUGGCGUCAGAAACGUUUGUGCAUAUCAACACUUUAAAAAAAUUGUUUAACCACCUUUUACUGGGAAACUGUUCUUCUUGCACUUUGUAUGAAUUGCUAAAGUUACUAAUAUUUUUUAUGUACUAAUCACUGAUGUUUGCACUUGUUUUACAUUUGGGAGAUUCCGUUGACACGCGGCGUAAUGUAGCACCCUUCGUAAUAUUUGACUGGUGUCUUUUGAAGGACCAUCAACUUGGCACACUUAGAAAAAAUGUUGACACUUUUUUGUCACUGUGUGAUGGACUGAAUGAGUGAAACAUUUCAAUAAAACACACUGAAUUACA